AGUACAACGGGAAGUGCUGCUAGAAAAUGUCUUCUGGUGGUUCCAUCUUCUCUUGUCGAUAAUUGGAGGAGUGAAUUUCGCAAGUGGUUUCAAAUGGGCAGAGCUCCUGUUAUGACUGUAAGGCGCGCCUCAGACAUUACCACAUAUGUUUGCUCCGUCUCUACAUAUCCAUACCUCAUAAUUAGCUACGAAAUGGCUUUGCGGUAUAGGGAAAAACUGGCGGCCAUACAUUUUGAUAUUCUUGUCUGUGACGAGGGUCAUCGCUUGAAGAAUGUAAAUGGGAAGCUCAGACAGGCCCUUGAUUCUUUGGGUGUUCCCCGUCGUCUACUUCUCACUGGGACUCCACUUCAGAACGAUAUUGAAGAAUUUUUUUCCCUUCUUGACUUUGUGCGCCCUAAUUGUUUCGGAACAUUUACCGACUUCAAAUCGCAGUGUCAUAGGGAGGAUGGAAGCCUCAAUAUGAUCAUUUCUGAUUGCCUGUUGAGACGGACGAGCGAAAUUAAUAGUGUUCACCUGCCAGUUAGAAAUGAUUAUGUACUUUUCUGUGCUCCUUCCGAUAUGCAAAAGAAACUUCUUCAUGAAAUCUGUGAGCAUAUCAGUGGAGAACCUUUGGUUCUUAUCAAUAUGAUGAGAAAGGCAGCGAAUCAUCCUGCGAUUCUCUUCAAACAGCUUUCUGAAUCGAAUAAAUGCUACGAGUAUUCAUCAUUAUUAUCUGUAUUUCCCCAGGACUACAGCAGCCGUCCGGUGCGCUUGAGCGAUUCCGGGAAGCUGAGUGUUCUUAUUGAAAUGAUGGCAUGUUUUCGUCAGAUGGGCGAGUGCGUGGUCAUAGUAUCAAACUUCACCAAGGUAUGCUACAUUUUUCGGUCUCCUCUUCCAACUCUAGCCUUGCAUUAA